AUGCCGUCUAUGACACCGGAGAAGAACUGUCUCUCGGAAGAUACGACAAGUAGAGAAGUCGACGGCGUCGGCAUUCUCGUCAGCACGAGUUUGUCUAUGAACAUCGAUUCAUUUGAGCAGCUUACAACCCGAGUCGGACGUUUACGAUUAAAAAGAUGUGGAUCAAUGCCGGCUUCGACACUCUUCGUCGUUUACGCGCCAACAUCAAACUAUGACAAAGAAGAAGUCGAAGCGUUCUAUAUGGACUUGGAGAAGUUCUACAGAGAAGACCAUACAUUCUUCAAUUUCAUCACUAGAGAUUUCAAUGCCAAGACUGGAUGA